AUGGAUAGUACAGAUCAAUCCAGCGAUUCAUUACAGCAAUCACCUUCUAUUUCAUCUUCAAUAUCAUCCAAUUCGUAUAAAGAUUUUGCUAUUGACGUUUUAAAUAAGGCUGUUGUCAAAGGAAAUAGUAUCGCAGAGUCAAACCCAGGUAGCAAACGAGCAAUUGCCAUUAGUACAGCAUCAACUAUAGUAGAAAUGAGUCUUGAAAAGUACAGUUCCAGCAAUUUAAGUUCUAGACGCAGUGGCCGCAGCGGUUCAAUUGAAUUGACCGAUGAACAAAUUUCACAGAUUGAGUCAGUUCCAACCUCCGCCGACGAUGAUGGCGAUGGCAACAAGCGUAAAUCAGGACAUUUUGCUGACAGAAUGAUUGAGAAACUAUUGAAAUCAGUUUUGCCACAGGAUAUUCCAGAAAGAGAGAUAUUCGAGAAGCGAUUAAAUGAUCCAGAAAGGAACAAACGACCAGGAUUGUCUUUGGGAGUAUUGACGUCCAAUGUAAAGCAAAUGGCUGGCAAAAUGACAAACUUUUUUGCCUUACAGUAUGAAGUUCUUUAUAUUAUCGCAUGGAAAAAACCGACGAAAACAAUCAGUGCAUUAGUUUUGUACACUGCAGUGUGUUUGUGGCCCCAUUUAGUAUUAGCCUAUCCAUUAAUAUUUGUUUUAUUCAGCGUUUUGAUCCCUGGUUAUGUACACAGACAUCCACAGAGAAACCCAGAAUUAAUCAAAGUAAAAAAAAGGGGCCAAUCAUUGUUAAGCUUUUUAUUUGAAACACCUGAAACGAGUAUAGUGGAAGAUUUAAUUAACGAGGAAUAUCUACGAGAAAGUGAUGAAAUGGCUUCUUCUACAUACUCAAUAUCAGAGGAGACUUCAGAAGUCACUGUCUCGUCGCUGAUGCCUCUUGACUCAGAGUCUCCAAAGAAAGAUGACGUUGCUAAACACAGAAAAUCACAAAUUGCUUUAUUGAUCAAUUUAAGAGAUUUUCAAAAUUUAACGACAGAUAUUUUAAAGGGUAUAAAUAAUGCAGAAAAGUUUUACUACGAAACAGGUGGGUUUAAAGAUGAACGGUUAUCCACUUUUAUUUUUUAUGGUGUCUUAUUAUCCACCUUUGGCAUACUAUUUGUUGGAAAGUAUGUGCCAUGGCGGUUGAUCUUUAUUCAAGGAGGAUGGACUGGAGCGAUCUUAUGUCAUCCAAACUGUAAAAAGUUUCUUGUUGAAGCCAGCAAGGCCAGAAAAGCCAGAGCAGCUAUUGAAAAAGCCAAAAAAGAAGAAGAAUCUGUCCCAGAAAUUAUUAUUAAAGAUGCCAAUGAUACAAUUACACAAUUUGAUCGUAACGAUAUCAUUGUGGAUGACUCACCAGAAACUAGAAUUGUUGAAAUCUAUGAGCUACAAAUAAAGAGUAUUUUAAAACAUUCAUGGGCAUUUUAUCGUUAUUCCACCACCAUAUACGACAAGAACAACAAAGCGAGAAUUGCGGGGAAACGUCCACCUGGAGUUGAUCACUUAUCCAAAGUAUAUCCACCAAAUGAUUGGAAGUUUGAUUUUGGGCUUGUCAAUAAAUGGAAUUUGGAUACUGAGCCAAAUGAAUUUAUUCGCGAAAGAUCUUUGAAUCCAAAUCUAUUUAUUGUCAAAAAUAAUGAAUCUCAAGGUUGGAUAUAUGACAAUAUGGAAGGUGUUGUUCAUCUGGAUAUCGUUUACGAGUUUAGGAGAAGAAGGCUAUACAGAGAAUGUUACAGAUAUGGCCGUCCUCACAAACAACCUAGCAAGUAUUGA